AGGGUAUUAUUGGUUGGUGAUAUUUAGGCGUUUUGUCCCGCCCAUUAAACGUUGUUCGGCUCUCCUCCGCCAGCGGUGUGUCGGCCGGUUCUUUCUGGAGCCACAACCACCACACCAUCCAGACAGGUUGUUUAUCGGGGCUGCGGGGUCGCCCUGACGAGUUGAAAACGGGAAAACGGUGAAGCUGAACAUCCGCUUCGUCCACUGACCGUCUGAUCUCCCGAUGUCGGACUUCAAGCUCGGGAUCGUUCGGCUGGGCCGUGUGGCCGGGAAGACAAAAUACACACUAAUUGAUGAGCAGGACAUACCUCUGGUGGAAAACUAUGCCUUUGAGGCACGCAUGGAGGUAGAUGCAGACGGCAAUGGAGCCAAGAUCUUUGCCUAUGCUUUCGACAUCGGUAAAGGGCGCUGGGCAGGAAGACCCCUGCACGAGCUGCUCUGGGAGAAACACAGAGGAGGCAUCGCCCCCAGUUUCCAAGUGGUCCACAUCAAUUCGGUCACUGUGGACAAUCGCCUAGACAACCUACGCCUGGUGCCAGCGGGAUGGAGCCCUAAGCCAGAGGAGAUCUCCAGCAAGCAAAGGGAGCAGUCUCUGUACUGGCUGGCCAUCCAGCAGGUGCCUGCGGACCCGGUCGAGGAGCAGUACCUGGAGCUGAGCCGGACCCGCUACUACAAUGCCAAUGGGGAGCUGGUGGAGGAGGAGGAGUGCUCCUGUACCUACUACGAGUGUCACUACCCGCCCUGCUCACUCAUCGAGAGGAGGCUGCGGGAGUUCAACAUCUGUGGCCGCUGCCAGGUGGCGCGGUACUGCGGCUCCCAGUGCCAGCAGCGGGACUGGCCGGCCCACAAGAAGCAGUGCCGCGAGCGCAAGCGUGCGCUGGCGCUGGAGUCGGAGCCGGAGCGGUGAUGCCCCUCCCCUCCCUCCUCUGCACUGGAGACGCGGGGGGGGGGGCGGUGUUAAGACAUUGUGGAGAAGCCGACAGAAGGCGAGUGGGGGUGGAUGGGUUGGGGACACAAAGUGCAAAACGGAUAAAUAUCUGCUGACGGGAGACUUAGGCCGAGGACAAUGUUGGUGGCUGCUUGCGACCGGAAAGGGGGGUGUGUGUGUCUGUCUCUCUCUCUCUCUCUCUCUCUCUCUCUCUCUCUCUCUCUCUCUCUCUCUCU